CCUCUCACACGAGCUCUCGUCUCUGCGCGAGGACGCACAGCACAGCACAGCACAGUAGAGCACGAGCACAGCACAGCACGAGAACGGCAACGCAAAUGGUUUAUCUUCACGGUUUCUCCCGUCGCUUCGCGCUGAAUGAAAGUGCACUUGUUUAGGCGAAACCAGUCGUGCUCGCGGUUGUGGUUGUCGGUCUCUCCGGGACGCGUCAUGCCGUCUCGCAGUCUGUGGAGUUGUGGCGGCGCUCGGCUCGUGGCGUGGACGUGGGUUUGGAGUGUGGCGUUGCUGGGAGCGCGGAGCAUCCCCGCGAAUGAAGUGAACCUGUUGGAUUCUCGCGCUGUGAUGGUCGACCUCGGAUGGGUGGCGUACCCAAAGAAUGGGUGGGAGGAGAUCGGCGAGGUCGACGAGAACUACGCCCCCAUCCACACCUACCAAGUGUGCCGCGUCAUGGAGCAGAACCAGAACAACUGGCUCCACACCAACUGGAUCCUGACCGAGGGAGCGCAGCGGGUCUUCAUCGAGCUCAAGUUCACCCUCAGAGACUGCAACAGCCUGCCGGGCGGGGUGGGAACCUGCAAGGAGACGUUCAACAUGUAUUACUACGAAACGGACGGGGGCGAGGACGAGAUGGAGGAGGGCGAGAUGAGAGACGGGCCGGGCAUGACCGAGGAGGAGGACCGGGCGAUGAAGGAGAGCCGGUACAUCAAAAUUGACACCAUUGCGGCCGACGAGAGCUUCACGGAGCUGGACCUGGGGGACCGCGUCAUGAAGCUCAACACGGAAGUCCGCGAUUUAGGCCCUUUGACGCGGAAAGGCUUCUACCUGGCGUUUCAGGAUUUGGGAGCCUGCAUUGCCUUGGUCUCCGUGCGGGUUUUCUACAAACGCUGCCCCUUUUUCGUGAAGAGUCUGGCCGAGUUCCCCGACACCAUCCCAGGCUCGGAGGCCUCGCAGCUGGUGGAGGUGGUCGGCCACUGCGUCAAUAACUCCCUGCCUUUGUAUGAGCCUCCCAGGAUGCACUGCAGCACAGAGGGCGAGUGGCUGGUGCCGAUUGGGAAGUGUGUCUGCCAGCCGGGGUUUGAGGAAAUCAGCGGAUUCUGUCAAGUGUGCAGCGUGGGGUUUUACCGCUCGCUGCUGGAGUCCCUGACCUGCAGUAAAUGUCCGCCUCACAGCGUGGCGAGGCAGACGGGCGCCACCUCCUGCACCUGUGAGGACGGCUACUACAAGAUCGACUCCGACCCGUCCAACAUGGCCUGCACACGCCCGCCCUCCGCGCCACGCAACGCUAUCUCCAACGUGAACGAGACCAGCGUCUUCCUGGAGUGGUCCGUCCCCACGGAAACGGGCGGCAGGAAGGACGUGCGCUACAACAUCCUCUGCCGGCAGGUGCUGCCGGAGGGGCGGGGCCUGGAGGAGUGCGGCCCCAACGUGCGGUUCCUGCCGCGCCGCGUGGGCCUGUCCAACACGUCGGUGAUGGUGGCCGACCUGCAGUCGCACACCAACUACAGCUUCCUGCUGGAGGCCGUCAACGGCGUGUCGGAGCUGGCCAGAGAGCACGCCAAGCAGUACGUGUCGCUCAACGUGACGACCAAUCAGGCAGCUCCGUCCCCAGUGAGCGUGGUGAGGAAAGGUCACACAGAGAAGAGCAGCAUUGCCCUUUCAUGGGCUGAGCCCGAUCGCCCCAACGGCAUCAUCCUGGAGUACGAGAUCAAGUACUUUGAAAAGGAGCAGGACUCCAGCUACACGAUAAUAAAGUCAAAGGAGACCGAGAUGGUGGUGGAAGGCCUGAAGCCCUCUUCAGUCUACAUCUUCCAGGUGCGAGCCAGGACCUCGGCAGGUUAUGGCGCAUUCAGUCGGCGAUUUGAAUUCCAGACCAGCCCUUACUUAACUGCCACCAGUGAACGAGCUCAGGCCUCCAUAGUGGCGGUGGCCGUCACCCUGGCUCUGGUCCUGCUGGCAGUGGUGGCUGGAUUCUUACUGAGCGGGCGGCGGUGUGGCUACAGCAAAGCCAAGCAGGAUCCUGAAGAGGAGAAGAUGCACUUCCACAACGGCCACAUUAAGUUCCCCGGCGUGCGCACCUACAUUGACCCGCUCACUUACGAAGAUCCCAACCAGGCGGUGCACGAGUUUGCCCAGGAGAUCGACGUCUCCUUCAUCUCCAUAGAGAGGAUCAUCGGAGCUGGGGAGUUUGGAGAAGUGUGCAGUGGACCGCUGAGGCUGCCUGGGAAAAGAGAGAUCCAGGUUGCCAUUAAGACGUUGAAAGCGGGCUACACCGAGCAGCAGAGACGCGACUUCCUGUGGGAGGCGUCGAUCAUGGGCCAGUUCAACCAUCCCAACAUAAUCCGUCUGGAGGGCGUGGUCACCAAGAGCAAACCGGUGAUGAUCAUCACUGAAUAUAUGGAGAAUGGAUCUCUGGACACGUUUCUCAAGAAGAACGACGGUCAGUUCACGGUCAUCCAGCUGGUCGGCAUGCUGCGCGGUAUCGCAUCCGGAAUGAGGUACCUGUCCGACAUGGGCUACGUCCACCGUGACCUCGCGGCUCGUAACAUCCUGGUGAACAGUAACCUGGUGUGUAAAGUGUCCGAUUUUGGCCUGUCCCGAGUUCUGGAGGACGAUCCGGAGGCUGUGUACACCACACGGGGCGGGAAGAUUCCUAUACGCUGGACGGCUCCGGAGGCGAUCGCGUACAGGAAGUUCACGUCGGCGAGCGACGUGUGGAGUUACGGGAUCGUCAUGUGGGAGGUGAUGUCGUACGGGGAGCGGCCCUACUGGGAGAUGUCCAAUCAGGAUGUAAUAAAAGCAAUAGAGGAGAGCUAUAGGUUGCCAGGUCCUAUGGACUGCCCCGAGGCUCUGUACCACCUAAUGAUGGACUGCUGGCAGCGCGAGCGCAGCAACCGCCCCAAGUUUGAUGAGAUCGUGUGUCUCCUCGACAAACUCAUUCGCAAUCCCAGCUCGUUAAAGAAGCUGGUCAACUCCUCGCACAGGGUUUCCAACUUGUUGGUGGAACACGCCAACGUACAAGGCGACUGCAACACCCUGAGCCAGACUGUCGGCGAGUGGCUCGACUCCAUCAAGAUGGGCCGCUACACGGAGCUCUUCAUGGAAGGAGGCUACUCUUCACUGGAGACGGUGGCUCAGAUGACUUCAGAGGAUUUGCGGAAAGUUGGCGUGAAUCUGGCUGGACAUCAGAAAAAAAUCAUCACUAGCAUCCAGGAGAUGAGAGUCCAAAUGAACAACACCAACUCUACUGUAAACAUGUGAUGCAUAUGUACAGGCAAAAACACUCACACACACACACACACAUUCACACACACACACAGUAUAUGGGCCUAGUAUGUGAAGAAAAGACUCGCUGUUGGACCUAGAGCAGCUUAGCACUUUUUAACGUGGACGUGGAAACCCAGUGUUAAUGGAUCUAAACGGAAGAAUCCGUGGAGUUUGCUUGUGGUGUCACUGGGGGAUGUUUGUGACAUUGCUGAGCUAAAACCAAACUGAACUGAACUGAGCGGUGCUGACACGAAGGGGAACUUUGAGAUUAAAAGUAAUGAACUGCAUUACACCUUGCGACGUGAAGACUUUUAAAUCUACUUACUCUAAAUUUUUUUUUGUGAAUCUUGGGAUUUCUAAUAUCUCGUGCACUCUUUGGAUUAUCUCAGAUCCGGCAUGAAGCGCGGAGUGAAGAGUGUAGGCUCUGAGAGGGAGACUGCAUCACACUGCAUCACACACAUGAAGGUGUUGUGCAGGAGGCUCAAAGUCACAUGUUUUCAGCCUGUCUCAGGUGAUCAGAGCCCAACACAUCUGAAGAGCACUGGCUUAUUCCCUGGCAUUGUUCGAUGUAACACUGGUCCCAGGCAGUGUUCACAUGUAACAAUUGAUCAAAAGCAAAAUACUUCAUUGUUUCAAUUUGCUUUGCUCUGUUGAUGUGCUUUGGUCUUUUGUUUUCCUGUCACACUCAGGUCCCAAUGCCACAAGACUGUUGCUGUAAUCCAGCUUUUUAAGGUCUGCACGUGUUAUAUUCACCAACGCUCACAUCGUUAUCGUCCAUAAAGCAAUGCAAGACAAGAACACAUGAUACAACUUCCAGUGUUUAAAGGAGCUGAAAUUCAAAUCAAGGCUCCAGGCUCUGGCAUUCUUUAUUUCUUAUGUUCUGGCUGAAUGUAAAACACUAGACAUAACACAGUGUUCUGUCGCAGCAUCAAGAAUGUGGCAAUAGAACCAUUCUGGUCCUUAAAAUUAGACUCGGAAAGAUGCCGCUGCUUGUACAAGAGUUUCUGGCUUUGCUUUCUCCAACAAUCUCUUCCCAAGACAUUGAUAUGUUCUCUCUGAUAAGUUCUUGCAAAUCCCCAUCAUUCACCAAGAUUCUCAAGGACCUUUCACCAGGUUCUUCCUGCAACAUUAGACAUCCAAACAUUCACAAAGGUACAUUUAAUAAGAUCCAGUGACUUUCUUUUUUCAUUCCAAUGGAAGCUUUGCUUAUGGAAAAUUGUGAAAAAGUUAGAUCUGUCCUGAUGGAACAUUUGCUGAUGUAAAGAUGGGACUGCGUCUCAGAUUAUCAUGGAAAGGAUCAACUAGGUUAUUCUGGAACUGCUCCGAAAGGAUCAGCCAGAUUCUUUUGGGACUGUUCAGGAAGGAUCAACCAGAUUUGUUUGGAACUGCUUGGAAAGGAUCGACCAGAUUUGUUUGGGACUGCUUGGAAAAGAUCGACCAGAUUAUCUUGGAACUGUUCAGAAAGGAUCAGCCAUAUUUUUUUGGAACUGCUCCGAAAGGAUUGACCAAAUUCUUUUGGGACUGUUCAGGAAGGAUCUGCCAAAAUCUCUUAGAACUGCUCGGAAAGGAUCAAAUAGAUUCUUUGGAAUUGUUCAGAAAGGAUUGACCAGAUUCUCCUGGAACUGCUCUGAAAGGAUCAUCCAAAUUCUUUUGGGACUGUUCAGAAAGGAUUGACCAGAUUCUCCUGGAACUGCUCCGAAAGCGUCAUCCAGAUUCUUUUGGGACUGUUCAGAAAGGAUUGACCAGAUUCUCCUGGAACUGCUCUGAAAGGAUCAGCCAAAUUCUUUUGGGACUGUUCAGAAAGGAUUGACCAGAUUCUCCUGGAACUGCUCCGAAAGCGUCAUCCAGAUUCUUUUGGAACUGCGCCAAAAGGAUCCGCUACGUUCUACAGGGACCGUUCCAAUGAAUGAACCUUCACUGAGAUUCUGAAGGAAAACUUGACCGGGAUUCCAACAACCUUCAGGUACCACAGAAAACGCUCAGCUGUCCGUUCAGUUCCCCCGCGUUGGUGUCGCAGAGACUGCCUGCCUCGACACAUCCGCCGCACCACAAUAAGCACUCUAACCUGAAAAAGGGACUGCUGAAAAAAAAGGGAGGGCAAUAUUGAUCAACUUGAUAAUCAUUUAUUUAUUUAUACUUGUUUAAAGAAAUGAGCAAAAACUACGUAGACGGUUUGUGUUCCAUCGUAAUAUUCUCGUGGACUUCCGAGCAAAUCUGCCUACACGUCUUUCAUGUAUAUAAUGUACUAUAUAUUUAAAGCAGGGAGCGUCGUUCCGAGGAUCAAGCAUUUCAGAGAAGCAGACGUUGGAAAAUAUUCAGAAUCGUAGCAUACCCGAUUGGGUAUGCAGACACAUCAGUUAUUUAUAUUAUCUUGUCGAUGAUUGUGUACCAUUUCAAGAUUUGGUGCGAGACCUAUAAAUAUUACCACCGAGGCUUUGUUUGUAAAGGUGGAGAAGUACGCGCAGGGAUUGAUAUACUGUAUGUAUGAUGUGGUCAUAAUUUAAACAAUGAUGUCAAUGAUCAAGCCCUUGCUUUACUUCUCCGUGGUAGCAUCCAAGUAGCUACGCUUGGAUGCUUUUUUUUUUGCUAAAACUUGGCCCGUUUCACUUUCGUCUUCACCUAUAUCAGGAAAUCAAAUCUGGCAGUAGAUAUACAUAUAUACAUAUACAUAUAUAUAUAUAUAUAUAUAUAUAUAUGUAUGUAUGUAUAUCUCCUCUGCAGACAACGUGCUGAUAUUUUUCAUGGUUGUGUACGCGGUGUAUUUACUGCGAGUGCUUGUGGCACAGCGGUGCAAAUGAAAUGAGAUUGUAAAGUUAGUUUUUAUAAGAGCUGGUUUCACCUGGCUGUCAGAGAAGCACAGAGGGCAACACAAGAAGAAUGUAAGUGUUUUAAGGGGUAUUUUGCUUUUUUUCAUUUUUUUAUUUUUUUAAGGGUUAUUCUUUUCUUCUAAACACCCUGAACUUCCACUGAGUGAAAAUACGUCUUGACUGGAGACAUAAAAAGAAAAUGAUUGGGGUCCACUAAGGCCCCCUUUACACCUGGCAUUAGAAGGCGUCUGUGGUGUCCAUAUCAAGUUCCGAUCGCUAUCCGAUCACGGUCUUCCCCCUUUAUGUGGCCUCUCCCUAUUGUUGUUGUUGCCGCCACUAUAUCGACAACAACAACAGUGUUAGCUGCGCGUGAAGCCGCGGUAUUGUUUUGGCGAGCGGAUAAACCGUCAAGCGGAAAAGUGAUGAAAAAGAAGCAAAGGCUAUAUUUUGGUGGAGCGGAGACGCAUCAGAGACUCGUUGCAUUCACACUUGGGUUCAACGUGGUCAUAAUGCAUCUCCGACCUCCUACUGAAGUGGUUUGACAGUUUGUAUAACAAUCGUAAUCAAACCGAUCACAGAUGAUCAGGUGUAAAAGGGGCCAAACGUUCGA